AUGGUGAAGCUGACAAUGAUUGCUCGUGUUACGGAUGGGCUUCCCCUAGCAGAGGGAUUGGAUGAUGGUCGUGAUGUGAAAGAUGCUGAAAUGUACAAACAGCAGGUCAAGGCACUUUUCAAGAACCUUGCAUCUGGCCACAAUGAUGCUUCGAGGAUGUCCAUUGAAACUGGCCCUUAUGUUUUCCAUUACAUCAUUGAAGGACGCGUUUGUUACCUUACUAUGUGUGACCGUUCUUAUCCCAAGAAACUUGCCUUUCAAUACCUAGAAGAUCUUAAGAAUGAAUUUGAGCGUGUCAAUGGGGCUCAAAUUGAAACUGCUGCUAGACCAUAUGCCUUCAUUAAAUUUGAUACUUUCAUACAGAAAACAAAGAAAUUGUACCAGGACACCCGUACUCAGCGGAAUAUUGCAAAGUUGAAUGAUGAGCUAUAUGAAGUCCACCAAAUAAUGACUCGCAAUGUGCAGGAAGUUCUGGGUGUUGGUGAAAAGCUGGACCAGGUCAGUCAAAUGUCAAGUCGGUUAACAUCAGAAUCCCGCAUAUAUGCUGACAAGGCAAGAGAUUUGAAUCGACAGGCCUUAAUUCGAAAGUGGGCUCCUGUGGCCAUUGUGCUAGGAGUUGUCUUCCUUCUCUUUUGGGUUAAAACAAAGCUGUGUCAGUUGCCUUUGCUCGUGGUACAAGUUCAAACUUCAGAGACUUCAGAUUGGGGACUGGACACACAUGAAGGAUUAAUCAUGUUUCAAAAUGGACUCUAG